AUGGCUCCCGCUGGCGACGUGCCGACUCCACCUCCUCCAGGUGCUGCUUGUGUGCGUGGGAAGAAGCCGUCGGAUGCGUGUCUGGAUCCGGUGACUCCUAAGACGCUUUUCAACGGCGUGGCCGGCUCUUUCGGCGCGGAGAUGGUUAAGAAACUGGCGGAACGUACGUCGGCCCUCAAGCUGGAUGAUCUGCCGGCAGGUGGGAAAGGAAAUGACGUGGAUAAGCCGACCGCUGCUGGAGGCUCGUCGUCGAUGCCUGAGGUGCUUGAAAAAGGCAAAGCGAAAGCGGAGGACAAGGACAACGAUGACGGUUACCUCAGUGACGAUCCGGAUGAGUGUCAAGACCCGGAGGUGCUCAACGAAAUCGCUGCGCAGGCGGGGUUCGCCAUUACCCUGCUGAUUCCGUUUGCCUGGAACAAGGAAGUUCCCCGCACCAUCAAUACGGUCCGGCAUCUCCUGCUGGUGUGGGGAAAGCACCUGUCAGAGAACGUCAGGACCACGACUGGUUUCCAGCAGCUAUCGGCUACUUACCUAUCCAAGAAGCAUUUCGGUCGGAUGCAGGUGAUCUUUCAGCAGGAGGCUGAUGCGAGUUUUGUCUGGAGCCGGGAAAUGGAGCACUAUACGAUGAAUGACAAGAAGCUUACGCUUGGCUGGCAGCACCCGGAGAACGCUGGUUACCUGAGGGAGCGCACGCUGCAUCCAGAGGCGAUUGAGGUGCUGCUGAAGGGCGUCCCGGCAGUGAUCUCUCCGGAAAUGAUCCGGAAGAAUCUGAUGACUGCGAUGCUGAUGAAGCGGGGUCGUACGGCUUUCCGUGACGGCUCGUCGUUUCAUAGGGUCCUGGAUCCUGUCUCGGGGUCAGACACUGAUAAGAUUAAGGGCCUGGUCUACAGGCACCCGGGGGAUAAGUGGUCGCAGCAGCGGACCCCCAAGUUGACUUCUGUGUCGCCUCCCCCCCAAGCAGCUGCUUCUCUGAAGCUGUCAGCGGCGGCGAAGAUCAUCAUCGCAGACCCGGCAAUUUCCCUAUCCUCGGUGGGAGGGGUCCGGGAGGAAUGGAUUUGCGUGCAAGAGGAGUGCGGGAAGGCUCAUGGGAACAACUUCGAACAGGCGGUGGAGCAUGUUCAGUCCCAGCGCCACUGUACCGGCCUGCUCAAGGCGGGUGCUGCUACCCAGCAGAGCAGGGGAAAGUAG